AUGGCGACGGCGCUCGUGGCUCUCCAGCGCGCUCUGGAGCAAGUCGUCCUCGACCCGCGCUAUCACGACCUGCUGUCGCUGCUCAAGACGGCCCGCAAUGGCGCCGUCUACGGAACAAAGGUGCGCUUUCCACACGCGCUGGUAAUGAUUUUCCUCUUCCGGUCGGGAACCGUCCGGCAAAAGAUUGCGCUCGUUCUGAGGGCCACCAAGAAGCACGCCUCGAAUCUGGCCCGGUUCGCGACGAUAUAUAAGCUGACGACGCUUGCGCUCAAGCAUUACGGCCCCAACCAGGGCAAAGAGGGUCCUUACGACAGCUUCAUCGGCGGCCUGCUGGGCGGCUACGUCGUCUUUGGCCAGCGCUCCCGGCGCAGCGGCAACAUCUCGUCGGUCAGCCAGCAGAUUGUCAUCUACAUCUUUGCGCGCGUGGCGCUGGCGCUGGCGCGGCUGGCCGUCAAGCCCGGCCACGGGCUCGCCGUGGUCUCCAGGGAGCCGCUGCACUCCCGCAUCAGCUACUACGCCUGGCCGGCGUUUGCGUCUCUGUCGUGGGGGCUGGUCAUGCUGCUGUUCAAGACGCACCCGGAAGAGCUGCAGUCGAGCCUGCGCAGCAGCAUGACGUACAUAUACAAGGACUGCGACGAGUGGGAUUCCCUGCGCACGCUGCUGUGGCAUAACAAGUAG